AUGCCUGUGAGCAUGUUCAGCAUCGACAAUAUCCUGGCGGCCAGACCUCGCUGCAAGGACUCGGUGCUGCUGCCCCCCCCGAACGCCGCCGCCCCCGUCGUCUUCCCCAGCCUCCACGGGGACUCGCUCUACGGCAGCGCCUCUGACUACGGCGGAUUUUACUCCCGGGCGGUGGCACCCGCCUCCGCGCUGCCGCCGGCCGUCACCGGAUCUCGGCUCGGCUACAACAACUACUACUACGGGCAGCUGCAUGUGCCGGCGUCCCCUGUGGGCCCUUCGUGCUGCGGGGCCGUUCCGCCCCUGGGAGCCCAGCAGUGCUCCUGUGUCCCCUCCGCAGGUUACGAGGGCACUGGGUCAGUCCUGAUGUCCCCUGUUCCCCAUCAGAUGUUGCCCUACAUGAACGUGGGCACUUUGUCCCGGACGGAGCUGCAGUUACUAAACCAGCUGCACUGCAGGCGAAAAAGACGGCAUAGGACCAUCUUCACUGAUGAACAGCUAGAAGCGCUGGAAAACCUCUUCCAAGAAACGAAAUACCCAGACGUGGGCACCAGGGAACAGCUGGCCAGAAGGGUGCACUUAAGAGAGGAAAAAGUGGAGGUUUGGUUCAAAAACCGCCGGGCAAAGUGGAGGAGGCAAAAGCGAUCGUCUUCGGAGGAGUCAGAAAAUGUACAGAAAUGGAAUAAAGCAUCUAAAACGUCUCCGGAGAAAAGACAAGAGGACGGGAAAAGUGACUUGGACUCCGAUAGCUGA